AUGGGUUCCAGCUACACGGUGCAGUUGAACAACCUCCCCUCCACCUCCCCCCUUCUUGUCCCCAAAAUUAAACCUUUCGGCCCGUCUCCGCCUCCAUUGCACCACCUCUCUACACCCUCUUCCUUCGUCGCCACCACCAGGCUCCAGUACGCCGUUGCUAUCGUGCGGAAGGCCCCACCUUUCACCCCGCGGCGUCAAGAAGUACCCAAGUCACUCGUUCGAGAUGGUCCGGGUCAUGGGUUUGAAGAUCGAGGACACUCGUUUCUUCCGCGGGUCGAUCCGCAGGGCCCGUAUGUUUUUUACGCCCUCUGUGCGUACACCCGCGAGGUGAUCCCCAAUCGCCGGACAAGGGCGGACCCCACGGAGUCAGGAAGUUUCGCAGGCUGUGGCAGAACCAGGGCAAGCGGGUCGUGGCGAGAUUCCGGGGGUCAAGAUUGGGGACGUCUUCUUUUUUUGGAUGGAGAUAGCUUGAACGGCGAGUCGAUUGCCACCAGCAUUAUAGUCUCUGGAGGUUAUGAAGACGAUGAGGAUGCUGGCGAUGUAAUAGUGUACACUGGUCAAGGUGGGCAGGACAAGAAUGGCAGGCAGGUCAAGGACCAGAGGCUGGAGCGCGGUAACCUGGCCAUGGAGAGGAACAUGCAUUACGGGAUUGAGGUACGAGUAAUCCGCGACUUUAAGUAUGAAGGUAGCUGCAAGGUCUAUGUGUAUGACGGGCUUUACAAAGUUGUCGACAACCUGGUUCAAUGUGAGCCGGUCAGGCUAUGGUGUCUAAAAGUUCCGACUCGUGAGAAAUGA